AUGCUGUUUGUUAAUACGUAUGCAGACGAAGUAAAGCACAAAGUCUUUGCCCUUCGACCCCAGUUAAACGCGCUGCUAUUCGAGCUGGAAACUCUGAAGGCAGACGCUCCCAAGGUUGAAGCAGAUGGGAAGGACGCCGAGAAAGUUGAACGACGCAGGGAGGCGCUCCUUAAGAGGGCAAAUCUCCUAAAGGCCGACAUAGAGGACGCCUUGAGGGAGUUCAGCAACCGAGCCGGCACAACCGCGAGGGUCGACGCCCCUGAACCGCCCCUGAAGGCAUCGGAACCGUCGAGGGAAUUCUGCUACGGAGCCCUGCUGUGCCAGUGUGGAAGAACGGAUGCCGAGGGGCUUUCCAUCUACGCCGUGGACGACGCAUCCAACCCGCAAUGGGGCUUCACUUGCAUGUACUGCUACCUGGAGGUUGGGAGCUACCGUGCCAUUCGAUUCUCAAGUAGAGGACAAGCCUUGGUGUCCUCAGGCUUGCUUGCUGCGAGCCACCUUGCGGCAUGCAGGUCGUUCCACGACCGCCGAGCGUUCUACAAAUGCUUGGCCUGUUAUCAGAACUACGAGAAUGUGGACUUCUCUUCCGCAGUCGCCUUUGAAAUGCAUAUGCGGGAGCACCCUGGGUUCAGUUUCAUCAGGAACGAGGAAGAAGUCGCACAAGCCACGAGGGAGAAAAUCCGCGAAUUUGUGCAUGGCCAUACCCCAGAAACUCCACCAACUGGAGGGGAUCUGGAGGUUGGCGAUGCAGACCCCAGGAAAGCAAAAGCAAGCUACCAAAGACGUGUUCCUGUCCCCCGAGGCGGAGCUUCCGGUGGAAAUGAUUCCCGGAGUGAAGCUGGAAAAGAGGGAAAAGCCGACAGGUCUUCUGUGGGUGGCCACUCAAGUCUUGAGUCUGAGUUGCUGGUGGAAGCCUGCGUGGGUAACAGCUCCCAAAGCAGGGUCAAUCUUACAGGGGGCGCCCUUCCGCCACAAAAAGAUACCGUAUCCUCGUGGGUGAGGCGGCAUAUCCGCGACAGGUCUCCACGACAGACAUUGUCAGGGACGACUCAACCUCGACCGUUGGAUAUCUCUCCUGCCGUCACGCCUCUGCCUGAGCCUUCCCGCCUCCACGAAAGUCCUGCCGGCGCCACUGUUCCCGCCGCUCUGCCGCCACCGACACGGCAACCUCCUCCGAUGCCACCACCCCGACCCCCCAGAACGACUCUGUGGUCGACCCUACGAGGCCCUCCAAAUAGAGAAAGCGAACUGGUAGAGGUGUACGAGAAAAUCUUGUCCAGCAAACUCGCCGAGAAUGCCGCAUGUCCUCUGGAACCAGUGCGCCAAGAGAACUCCCUUACGACCAGCUUGAUCGAGAGAGAAGGUGCCAUCAGUUGA